UUGACAAUUACCCCUUUGAAGUAGAUCUGAAAUCUACCACUCUUCUUCAAAGAGAGAGAGAGAUUACAGAGAGAGAAGACGAAGAUAGAGAUAGAGAGAGAAACACUCACAACUCUACCAGAACAAGCGAGACCCGCUUGUUUAACACUUGAAAACCCUACUCAUACUCACUCUCUUUGGAACUCUCUUGUUCGACAAAUAAAAAAAAAAAAAAAACCCACAACAAAAAAUAGUACCGUUUCUCGCUCUCCUUCAGCGGAGAGCAGUAGAAAAGAAAAAACCCAGAAAGAAAAAAGAAAGACAGCCAUGGAUUCUUACGAAGCUACAAGUAUAAUCUUCACAAAGAUUAAGAGUGUAGACCCAGAAAACGCUUCGAAAAUCAUGGGGUACAUUCUGAUACAGGACCUUGCGGAGAAAGAUUUGAUGCGUUUGGCGUACGGCCCUGACACCCUCUUGCACUCGAUGGUUUUGAGGGCCAAAAUCCAGUUGGGACUUUCGUCGAACACUUCGUCUACACCUUCAACUCCUUCUUCUCCUUCGCCUCUCAACCCCAUCGCCAGACCUUCGAGUAACAACAACAACAAAAGCAACCCGUUUUCGCAGUCUUCGCCGAGAGUGGUAAUCCCAAAUGGCGGUUUCGAUUUCAAGAACCCUUCUUCUCCGUCGUCGAAUUCCCCUUCGUGGCCUCUUUCUGGGUUCUCAAACAACGGCAACCCCAUUAGCCCAAACGUCCGCCCUCCGUCGAUUCCGUUGCAGGUGUUCUCCAACCACCACCACCACGACGGCUGCGACGGCGGAGAACUCAUCGACGAGAACCAACUCAACGACUACCUCUCGUUCCUCAACGGCGCGGAGGAUUUGGCGGUCGAUCCGCGGAUGGAAUUGGGCCACGGCGUCCCAGAGUGGGCCGGGGACCACUCCGUGAAUAAUGGCGGCGACGCCCAUUUCCUCCACCGGAGGAGCUUCUCCGCGAGCGACGCGUCGUUUGGGUCCGAGGAUUACUGCGGUGGUGGGUUCAAGCCUUGCCUUUACUUCGCCCGAGGGUUCUGUAAGAACGGGAGCAACUGCAGGUUCGUGCAUGGCGGCGGCGGCGGUUUCGGAGAUUCCGCCGAGGGCUCCGUCAUUGUCGGCUCGCCGAGCGGCAAGUACGAUGGCUUUGAACAACACGAGGAGAUAAUGAGGUUGAAGGCCGCUGCUCAGGCUCAGCAGCAACAGAGAUUAGCCGCUGCUUCUCAGUUGAUGGCUGGAGUGUCGCCGUCAGUGUACAACAAGUACAUGAACUUUCUCUUGCAACAGCAACAUCAAAAUGACCCCCAGAGAGCGGCGGCGGCUGCGGCGGCGGCGCUCAUGAUGGGGGAUGAGCUUUACAAGUUCGGGCGGUGCAGACAAGAAAGGAAUGAGUUUUUGUCAAUUGCUUCUGCGGAGAAGAUGAACUCGGCCUCAAGACAGAUCUACUUGACAUUCCCAGCUGAGAGCACUUUCAAGGAUGAAGAUGUUUCGGAGUAUUUCAACAAGUUUGGACCUGUACAAGAUGUAAGAAUUCCAUACCAACAGAAGCGAAUGUUUGGAUUUGUUACGUUCGUCCACCCAGAAACUGUGAGGUUCAUUCUGUCCAAAGGCAAUCCUCAUUUCAUAUGUGAUUCGCGUGUCCUUGUCAAGCCCUAUAAGGAGAAGGGAAAAGUCCUGGACAAGAGGCAGCAGCAUCAUCAGCAACUUGAGAGGGGAGAAUUCUCAUCAUGUUUAAGCCCUUCUGGCCUCGAUUCAAGGGAGGCUUAUGACCUUCAACACGGAGGAAGAAUGUUCUACAAUUCACAGGACAUUCUUUUGAGAAGAAAAAUGGAGCAAGCUGAACUUCAACAAGCUAUUGAACUCCAAGGGAGAAGAUUGAUGAAUCUGCAGCUCCCAGAGUUCAAGAAUGACCGUUUACACCAUCAUCAGCGAAGUCUCUCUGUCGGUGCUCCUGUUCCCUUACCCCCUCAAUCUCUUUCUCUCACUAAUCAAAAUGUCAUUCUUCCGUUUGAUAGCAUUAAACAGGAAGAAGUCACUGAAGGCUACGAUGACAGCCCUGCUGCCACCAUUUCUUUGACUUCCGCAGUUGCUGCCCAGCAGCAUCAGCAGGAAGAAUCUUCUGCUUGCGUUCCCAAUGACGGCAAGGAGCAGGUCUCUACCUCUGAAGAUCUCAAUCUUCAUAAAAGUGUAGAGCAGGUGCUUCCAGACAGCCUCUUCGCUUCGCCUACUAAAUCCGCUGGUGAGCAUAUCACCGACUUCUCUACCACUGCAGUGGCUGUUAAUGAAACCACCACAUCUCCUAGCAAAAGCAACUCGUUGGUGCCCAUGACUUCUGCUGGCAACAUGGCUUCUAAUCAGUGAUGGUUUUGUCUAAAUGCUAAGCGAGAAUGGCUAGCAAUGGAUUAACUUUUCUAGAAAAGUAGAACGAUAGACAAGGAAGAAAACUCUAGGUGUAUAGCUGAAUUAUACCUACAUGCAUGAAAGAGUAGAUGAUCCAUAGAGAAGAUCUCAACUGAGGUCUGCACCAAUCAUCGUCUAUACAUACUGCUAACAGCAAAUACAUAUUCCAUACAUAAAGAGGGACAGAUGAAGUGAUUUAUGAAUUUUUUUUUUUUUUCUUUUUUUGGGGGUAGGUUUUUCUCUCUUUUCUACUUUUGUACGCUCUUUUAUAGGUUUGUGCUGGACCACAGAGACUAGAGCAGGAUGAAAGACUAUAAUGUAUUACAUUGUUAUCUACACAUCUUUGCGUUCUUUUCUUUAGUGUCUCUUUCUUAUGAGGUGAAUCUAGUUGAAAUUGGAGUCAUUGUAAGAAAAUUAGACGUACAUGUAAAUGUUUAUCUGAGCCGCAGAAGGAAGUUUCAAAGGAGUUAAAAACAACAGAAGUACAUAGGGAAAAUGAGAAGGGACACUCAAAAGUGGAGAGGUCAAAGGCUGUUAAGUUUGGGUUUCUGGCCUUCAUUUUUUAUUAGUAUCCACCAGCCCC